CUUAUUCUCUUUUGCAGUUAUGAGACUAGCAACGGUAUUAAGGAAGAUGCCUCUGCCGUCCUUAACAAUGUCGGAAGCGAAAACGAGGCCAUUGCUGUCCGUGGCUCAUACAGUUUCGUUGCUGAUGAUGGCGUAACCUACACCGUCAACUACAUCGCCGAUGAGAACGGUUUCCAACCUCAGGGCGCUCAUUUGCCCGUUGCCCCAGAAGCUUAAGUUGCUUACUAAUUAACUAAUUUGUUUUUGUUUUAAAAAUCCGUACAAAUUCCCCAAAACUUUGUUGUCCCCUCCUACCAAUCCUGAUCCUAGUCGUCCUACCUCUAACAACUUCCCU